CUCUGAUAUAUUGAUGCUGAUUCUAUAUAUUCCUUAUAGCCAUAAUGGCUAUUGUUAGUGUUUAUUUAUUUGCCAUCAGCACUUAUUUGGUUGUGUACGUUCGUUUUUGUUAUAGUUCUGCACAACUUGGGCCUAAUUCUGGAGUUAUUCCUGAGAACUUAUUAAACAAUCUUUCUCAAUUAGUAUCGCAAUCAUCUUUGGAGCUUGAGGACUUCAAGAAAGCUUUGAAACGUUCCCGUGAAUCCUUAGAGAAGUAUAAAUCACUCUCUGUUUCUAAUUUUAAGUUUGAUAACUCCAUAUUUGGCCAAAAGACUUCUUUAUCUUCUGGGACUAAGGGUGUUAUUAGUGGACCAAGUCGUUUUACUCAGAGCGCUUCUACCGAGCCUGUGGUUGCUGACGAGAUCCGGAGUGCUUUAUAUUCUACUCAGCCUGUUAGUGAUCCCCCUCAGGCUACCGUUACUGUUGACGCUUCGGAGGACCCUGUAUCUGUUGUUAAGAACGCUGAGGAGGUUGCUACCUUCAGUGACGACGGCACUCGUGACUUCUUUGAGGAGGAGCUUUAUCGUAUGAAGCGUGAACUGGGCACUACUCGUCGUAUGGAUAGUGUUCGUAACGUUGCUGGUGUAUUAUCUCGUGAGAUUGGUCGUCUUAUGGUUCAUAAGUCUGGAUCGUCUGAGCGUGUUCCUGAGUUUAUUAAGAGCAAACCCGUUGAAAACACUAGCGUCUUGGACUGUGCUUGCUGCAGUUAGUAUGUACCAUGGUUUGGUUAUUUUCUUAUAUUAAG